AUGGGCAAGCGGCGAUCGCUCUCGCACCGAGGUUUCCUUCUAACAGCCAACGGCCUUUGGCAAGAAACCAAAGACGUUUUGGUGGCGGAGCUGACAAAUCAAGGUGUGAGCGCUCAGAAGCAGAGCCAGGUGUGGUUCACCCUGGGCUGCGAUCAUCAGCGCCAGCAGCGCUACGCUGAUGCUGAGCGAUGCUUCCGACGCGCCGCAGAAGGCGGAGACGUGGAGGCGGCCAUGCGGCAGGCGCUACUUUUGGCCAAGCGCGGUGCCACAGCAGAGGCAAAGCCCUUGCUUCAGCGGGUCCUCCGCCAGCGGGGUAAUGACCUGGGUGCGAGGUGGAAUCUCGGACUACUCGAAGCGCACGAAGGGGAUUUGGAAGCCGCUCGCCAGAGUUUGAACGGGGCGAUUGAAUUGGCCAAAGAGUUGGGCCUCUCCCCACGGCGGCUGGCAAUGAUCUACGAACCGCGCAUCUAUGAAGCAGAACUUAAGGACGAGGCAGCCGCUUUUGAGGCCUUCGCUUCAGACUUGGCUCCUGCCCUUGGCCAGCUGCGGAGAUUGGUGGCCAGCCCUUCGUGGCUGAUGACUUGGGCCGUUGAGACCGUCCAGUCCUUUGGCCCGGACGUCACCUCGGCAUCCUACGGGGAGACCUUCUUCAAGUCCUGGAAGGCGGUGAUCGACCACCCUGAGAUGGUGAAGGUCGUUGAGAAGUCUCCAGCUGUGGUGAUCAUGGGAAGCUCCUUAGGAUACACCUGCCUUUUCUUUGCAGCAGUGGGCAUUCCAUGCCCAGGCUAUGAUCUGUUGAAGCAGAGCAUGGUGCAGACUGCCCAGGAGUACGUUUGCUCUGCACCAUUGCAGGUCCCUGUGGAGUUCAAGGUGGGAGAUGCCUCAGAAGCGCCCUUGAUUUCGAGGUUUCAGACGCCCAACAUGCCCAGCAUUCUGUGGCUAAAUGACGAGGUGUGGCCAGCAGAGCUGAGAGUGGCCGUGAAGGAACGUGCAGCAACGGAGUUGACCGUCGGGUCCAUGGUGGUUAGCUACGGGCCCCAGGAGACGACCGCUCUGAGACCGGAGGCAGCGCUGCGGGUAAGCACCUCUUGGUGUCGUCAGGAACAGAUCUGGCUGCUGAGACGUGUGUGA